AUGCAAACCAUUUUGUUUCUAGCUCUUGUGCUCACUUCAGAACCUUGGUCCAACUUCACCAACCAGUCGACACCAGGACCAAUCAACCGGAAAUGUAAUGACAGCGAAGACUUCAAAUAUUUGGCGUACACAGUCACUUACAGUGUCGUAUUGCCUAUUGGAUUUAUCAGCAACUUCAUAGCUCUUUUUGUGUUUCUAUGUCUUACUCCUAAGAAGACUGCCAACACUGUGUUCAUGACUAACUUGGCCAUUUCGGAUGUUGGCUUCUCAUUGACAUUGCCCUUGCGCCUGGUCUACUACUUUAGGGGCGGUGAAUGGGACUUUGCAGACUGGCUUUGUCGCUGGUGUGUAUUUUCCUUCUACCUUAACCUCUACACCAGUGUACUGUUUCUUACAGGCCUAAGUGUGUUGCGGUACAUCGCCAUAGUACACCCAAUCCGCAACAAGACCUUGGUCACGGUGCGCAGAGCUAGCCUAAUAUGCUUUGGCAUCUGGAUUUUUGUGGCUGGAUUGUCAUCACCGUUCCUCAUGACAGGAACUUUGCAUCGCGAGGGGAAAACACGUUGCUUUGAACCUGGGACCAGCAAGUCUUGGAUGCGAAUAUUGGACUUGAAUUAUGUGGGAGUUCUGUUUGGAUUUGUCUUUCCUUUCAUAACAAUUCUAGCCUGCUACGGAUGCAUCAUAAGCAAACUCAUCAGUGGAUGGAAAGUUGGGAAUCGGAAGCACAACAAUCGACGACGCUCUGUGUAUUUGAUUGCUGUUGUCCUAAGUACAUUUCUGCUGUGUUUUCUACCAUACCACGUUGCCCGCACGGUCCAUCUUUAUGCCAUUGUUUCAGGCAAGGAUUGCCAGGUCAUUGAGGAUCUCCAAAGAGUUCUGGUCAUCUCGCUUUGCACGGCAGCAUCCAAUAGUUGCUUCAAUCCCUUACUGUACUACUUUGCAGGCGAGACCUUCCGUACGGCCAUCUGCAGAGCUUCAGAUCGAGGAACGCUGAGUUUGUUCAACCAGAGUUCAUUCUACCCAUCUUUUCGUCGCAGGAGUCAUUCAGGCACCUGGCAGAGAACAAGACGCCAAAGCUCCAUUGACUCAUGCCAAGACUGUCCAUUUUCCCUAGACAGCUGUCAGACCCUAAACAAAAAGAAGGAUAAUGGUUGCGUGCAGGCCCCAAAAUUAAGUAGGUCUCAAGAUAAAAAUGACACAGAAAGUGACAAAACUGCCCCAGAUAUUUAA